AUGGUAGUUACAAGAAGUAAUUUGAAUACUCAGAGUUCACCAAAGAAAAUAAAAUUCUCUGAAGAUGACUUUGAAGAGAAUGAAACUCAUAUUAAUACGAUAGCUGUAAGCAAGGAUCCUGAAAGUGAUGUCAUUUCCGAAGAUUCAGAUGAAGCUCCCGAAGAGGAAUCAACGACUACGACGAGAGAACAAGUAAUAGCAAAGCAGAAGGAGGAAUCACAGAGGCAGACAGAAUUGAAGCAAUUAGAAAAAGAGAAGAGAAGGAAAAGGGAUGAGCAAUACAGGCAGCAACAGGAAGAGAAAAAAAAGAAAGAGCAAGAAAAAUCAGAAGCCUUACCACAAUUCUUGCCAGAUGAUGUUUUCGAAACAUUGAAUGAUUCAAUAGCUUCAGAUCAGGAGAGAAAAAUGCAUUUAACUUUGAGUGAUUUUGAAAAGUUGGAUCAAAAAUUAUUGAAUUCGCAACUUAAGGAGGAAAAAUUACGGAAAAUAAGGAAUUCAAAGAAGCAGAGUAUCAAAAAGGGCCCAGUGAAUGUUGCAGUACACUCCUUCAAUACAUCCGGAAAAAUUAAGGUUCCUCCCGCCGAGUCAAAGGUCACGAAUUCGAAAAACAAAUGGCUCAAAAGGAAAGCAUUGAAUAAGAAGUAA